AUGUCAUUGCCUGCUCAAGAAGAAGAAGAUGCGGCUCAAUUAAAAUUUCCAAAAGAAUUUGAUAAUGCGGAGCCAAUGAUGAUAUCUGAAGUUUUAAUGAUGUUAGAAAGUCGACGACAACAGCAGCAACAAUUAAGUAUGAAUGGUGGUAUGGGAGACGAUGACGAUGAAACACCGUUAUCAGAAGCGUUCAAUGAUACCAUAACAUAUUGUGAACGCUUUAGUAAAUUUAAAAAUAAAGAAGCAAUUGGUGCUGUAAGAAAUUUAUUAUUUCCACAAGAUAACAGUGGUUCAUUCAAAUUACAUAAAUUUGAAGCGGCAUUAUUAUCAAAUCUUUGUCCAACACAAGCUAUGGAAGCAAAAACAUUAAUACCAAGUUUAGAAAGUAAAUUAGAUGAUGACGAAUGUCAAAAACUAGUUGAUGAAAUUCAAAAUUAUAGAAGUUUUCAAAGUUAA